AUAACAUGAAACAAACCAAGAUGAAACCAAAGAAUUCUAAAUGGCUGUGUGUGAGUAAGAGGAUGGUGAGAGUGGUCAGAUAAAAAAAUGAUGAGAAGCUGCGUAGGUGAAAAGAAAUGGCAAAAAAUGAAUGAGCUUAUCAUGAAAUUUGCUAACUGCUACGAGUAUGCCUCUCGGACUCCUCGCAGUGGAGAGACUGAAGAUGACAUUCUAGUGCUGGCCUACAAACUUUACCACCAGGAUCAAAAAAGCAAAUUCAGUCUUGAGCAUGUGUGGAGAAUCCUCAAGACUGAUCAGAAAUGGUGCAAUUGGUGUGAGACAAAAAUCAAACCUGUCAAGAAGAAAGCUAAACUUUCUGAGGUAGAAGAAGUGAGUGUUCAAAGGCCUAUAGGGGUCAAGGCAGCCAAGUCCAAAGGUAAGGGAAAGAACCAAGUUUCUGAGGCUGGUUAUGUGGCUGAACUUAAGGGUUUGUGGAAAGUGAAGGAGAAUUAUGCUGUCAAAAAGAGACUCUCUAAGCAGAAUCUACUUGACAGCCUUCUUGGAAGGUCUGAUGGUUUGGGUGACAUGGAAACUGAACUUAAGAACACUCUUAUCAAAGAAUAUCUGUUUGGGUUUAAUGAGUUUGUGUCUAAGAAUGAGUAUUCUGGUCUCUAGAGGGGUUUAGGAGAUUCUUUUUGAAUGUACUCCCAAUGUACACAGUUCAUUGUAGGAAGACAGCAACUGAAGACAUUUUUUCAAUGUAUAUUCAAGAAAAAGCUAUGCUCAAGAAUCUGUUUGGUUGUGAUAAGAAGAGAGUAUCUCUCACCACAAAUAUAUGGACAUCUCCUACUACUUCAUGGAGUUACAUGGUGGUGACAGCCCAUUGGAUUGAUGCAAACUGGGUGUUGCAGAAAAGGAUAAUAAGCUUCAAACCUGUCA